CCCUGGGGUAACGCUCGGCGGCGAUGGCUCCGGAACGCGGCGAUCGGUCGCUCCCCGCCGGUACCGAGGGUCUUCCUCGGGUUUUCCUGCAGAGCCUGCGGACUCUUUUCGAUAUCCUGGAUGACCGGCGGCGGGGUUACGUGCACCUACGGGAGAUCGAGUCGCGCUGGCGGGGCGCAGAAGCCCGGGAGCUGCCCACCGGGGUGAUGGAGGGGUUGCGGCAGGCGGCACCGGCCAGCGGGUACCUCACCUUCGAGAGGUUCGUCUUGGGGCUGCGGGCGGCCCUGCCCGGGGCUGAGCCCCCGGUUGAGGGCGGCAGCGGCGGGCAGCGGAGCGUGGAGAAGCCGCCGAGCCCUCGCUGUUCCGAGGAGCGGCGGGGGAAGAACACUGGGCAGCGGGAACCGGGGCACAGCCAGCCCCGAGGCCGCGGUGGUGAUGCGAAGUCUGCUGGGCAGUCCCAGGGAGAUGGUGGCCUCCCGGGGGCUGGGGACACUCGGAGGCAUCAGAGGGGCCGUGCAGAACACCGGAGACACACCAUCACCAACGGCGUGGAUUUCAGCAUGCUGAAGUACAUGAAAGAGCUGGAACAAGAGAAGGAUUUCCUGCUGCAGGGCCUGGAGCUCAUAGACCAGGCUCGAGACUGGUACCACCAGCACAUCCAGCUUAUGCAGGAGCACCAGCGGCUCCUGGGGAAGAAGAGAAGCAGUACUGAUUUCCCUGAGGGUGGCUGGAGCCACCUGGGGCGCCUGGUCCCCAAGCUGCAGGAGGUGAACCGCUGCCUGGGUGAAUUCCUUUCCACCACUGGCAAGCCAGCAAACCCCUCCUCAGCCCUGAGUAGGCUGGUCACCACAGUGUCCCCAGCCUCCACUGGCUCCCAGCAAGCCAUCAACAUGCUAAAGGAGCAGAAUCGGCUUCUCACCAAGGAGGUGACUGACAAGAGCGAGCGCAUCACCCAGUUGGAGCAGGAGAAAUCUGCCCUUAUCAAGCAGCUCUUUGAGGCUCGUGCCCGCACCAACCAUGAGGCGAGCCAGCUGGACUCCACCUUCAUCUAGCGCCUCCCCCUCCCAAUCGUCGAGCUUCCCUAGGGGUUUCAAGGGACUCUGGCCCCAAACCCAUCACACCCGUUGUUCCAGGUGCUGUAUCUCAGGGUCUGGGACUGCCAUUGGCAUCUCUGCAGGAGGAAGCUGGCACCCCACCUGGGGAGCAUCCCUGCCCUGCUGUGCUGCUGGCUUUCCAGCCAUGCUGCUCUCAAGCUUCUCCUUUUCUGUCUCUAAAUGGGUGCAGGGACUCUCUCCCCAGCCCCACAACCCCCAGUGUGCAGGAGACAUGGCUGCUGCCUGUGCUGCCUGUGCAGGGGGAGCUGCUGUGCAUCUCAGGUAUCCCCCUGCUUCCCACCCAGCUCAGUGACAAUUCUUGAGCUGAAUGACAUUCGACUAUGGCUCAGUACUUGGUAUCCAUGGUACUUUCACUGGAGAUCCCUGUGAACCUCCAUGGGUCCCUGGCCUUCCAUACCCCCGAGACCAGGGCUUUUCUCUCCAGGGUUGUUUCAAGCUCUGACAUGCCGUAGCACUGAGCUGAGCUGGGCAGAAGGUGCUAGCCCUUCCCUAGGCUGGCACCGUGCAGACCAGUUCUGUUCUCACUCCUGUUUUUGUCUGUUGCUCUCUGUCCCUUCCAGCUGUGCUCUUUAGGAUGAUCCUGGCCUAAAGCUCGCUGCAAGGCAUGAAUCCCUGUUCUGCUCUGGUGCCUGCAGCUGGAAUGGGGGUCAGCAGAGUGCCAGGGAGAGGGUGGAGGAGGAAGAGCAAAGACCAUGGCUAGUCAUGUCCUUUGCCUGCAGGAGUAGAGUGUUAGUUGUCUCCUAGGCAUCAGUGCCUGCCAUCCCUUUUGUGAUGCCACCUUGGUGUCCAGUGCCUGUUUUGCCUAAGGUUUAAUUAAAAGCAACCCUCUUUAUGAGGAGGGUCACCUGUCUGUAGGGAUAAUAAAGUGGGGUGAACUAUUUAAUUUAA